AUGGACACGGGGUCUAUGCCUGGUGCAUUUCCUUCCUCUGCAGAUGAGAAUGUCUUCAGCACCCGGACACCCAAGAGACGGUUUGUGGGAAGACGCACAGCUGAAGCGCAGGCGAGACAGCGGCGAGAUGAGACUGACAGUAGUUCCACGGUGGAAGACACCACCGCUGUCAUUCACAAAGGUCAACGAAAGCCCCCAAGAGUCUUGAACCAGGUACCCCCCGAAAUCCUCGAUGACCCCGAUAUCCAAGCUGCGAUUACCCUACUCCCGCACAACUACAGCUUCGAGAUCCCCAAGACCAUCCACCGCAUACGGACGCUCGGGGCCAAGAGGGUGGCUCUGCAGUUUCCCGAGGGGUUGCUGAUGUUUGCCACGACCAUAUCAGACAUCCUGACCCGAUUCUGCCCCGGCACCGAGACCUUGAUCAUGGGAGACGUCACGUACGGCGCGUGCUGUAUUGAUGACUACACCGCGAGAGCGCUGGGGUGUGAUCUGCUGGUCCACUACGCUCACAGCUGUCUGAUUCCCGUCUCGGCGACCAAGAUCCCCACCCUGUAUAUCUUCGUGGACAUCUCCAUCGACACGAAACACCUGGUGAGCACGCUCUCUCGAAACAUUCCACCCGGAAAGACAGUCGCCAUGGUGGGUACUAUCCAGUUCAAUGCCACACUCCACACCAUCCGGCCGGCCCUCGAAGCCGAGGGCCUGAAGCUGGUGGUGCCACAGAUUAUGCCACUGAGCAAGGGCGAAGUGCUUGGUUGUACGGCUCCCAAGAUCAGCCCGGACGCGAACGUCGAUCUGAUCCUGUACCUGGGCGACGGCCGCUUUCACCUGGAAGCCGCCAUGAUCGCCAAUCCACAGAUGCCCGCGUAUCGAUACGAUCCUUACUCUCGAAAAUUGACGAGAGAAACAUACUCCCAUGAUGAGAUGCUGGACAUGCGCGCCGCGGCCAUCAGCACCGCGAAGAAAGCCAAGAGAUGGGGCCUCAUACUGGGUGCUUUGGGGAGACAAGGCAACCCUCACAUCCUGACCAUGAUCGAGAAAUACCUCGACGCAGCGGGCAUAUCACACGUCAAUCUCCUGCUCAGUGAGAUCUUCCCUGGAAAACUCGCCCUGUUCGAAGAUGUGGACUGUUGGGUGCAGAUCGCUUGUCCCAGGCUCAGCAUCGACUGGGGCUAUGCUUUCCCCCGCCCACUGUUGACACCCUACGAGGCACUUGUGGUGCUGGGUGCGAAGCAAGGGUGGGAGAAAGGAGACGGGACUUAUCCCAUGGACUUUUAUGCCAACAAUGGUCUGGCCCGGACGACGGAGAAGGUGGCUGCGCAGGUUGCAGUGACGGCGUGA